GACAAACAUUUUUCUCAAAGAAGAGAAUCAACCAAAGAACAUCUUUAUCUUUUCAUCCCUUCAAUUUUCCCGCUCUUGAACACCCUCCAAUCAAAAUACUUACUAAAUCACCAUAAAUACACACAAAGAACAACAUCAUCACUAUCACAAAAAACAUACUCCACACAAACAUUGAUAUAAUCCAACAUGGGAAAUUGCUUGUUGGGUGCCAACUCAGAUCCAGACACAUUGAUCAAAGUCAUAACAUUUGAUGGUAACAUCAUGGAAUUCUAUCCUCCAAUUACAGUCAAUUUCAUCACAAAUGAAUUCCAAGGCCAUGCCAUAUUCCCAACCAAUGAUCAAUCUUCCAAACCACUUUGCCAAUUUGAUGAGUUGGUGGCAGGACAGUCAUACUAUUUAUUGCCUAUGACUGUCCUGUCACCAAACAACAAAAUUGAUUACCCUUCUACCUGUGCCACCGCUGAGACCGGUGGUGGCGGCCAAAUUAUCCGACAAGGACAUGUUAGGUCUCAAAGUGUUCCUACAACACCUCUCCCCGCCCCAUAUAGAAUGUCAUUGGAUUAUCAAUACUAUCAAGGCGUAGGGUUGCUCAAAAGAACCUCCACAGAAUCUUUCUCUUGUAGGACUAAUAGAAGUAGUGUUAACAAAAGCACUAUCAGUAGUAGUAGACGUAGUAGUAGAAAGAGUACUGGGAUUUGGAAAGUGAAAUUGUGUAUAACUCCUGAAAAGUUGUUGGAGAUUUUGUCACAAGAGGUUUCAACCAAGGAGUUGAUAGAGAGUGUGAGGAUUGUAGCCAAAUGUGGUGUUACUGCUGCUUCUUCUGGUGGUUGUGGAAUUUCAUCUACAACAAGCAUUGUUUCUGAUCAAUGGAGUCUUUCUAGUAGUGGUAGGAGUGCUCCUUCUAAGGUUGAUGCCUUAGUUCUAGACAUUUAAGGCCGUGUUGGAUUGUUAUAUUAGAGUUUAUCUACCGACACAAGUACUUGUGAAACCGUUAAGGACAGCUUAUGGAAACAGCUUAUUUCCGUAAACUCUCCAAAGUAGUUUAUAGCUUAUAAAAAAAUAUUCUGACUUUAAUUUA